UCUGGAAGGCUGCCAGGUGGCGGAGCCAAAGUACAACAGGCCAGGAAACGAGCCACCUUUCCAGGACGAAAGGAACCGGCAUUCUCUUUGUAUUCCACUGACCCUCAAGACCAGAUGGAGAAUUCUUCAACACAAGGAGCUGGUGGCCAGUCUUCACUCAGGGCUGGAUCGUUGUGCUGUUUUACUCUCUGGGAUGCUCCAGGCGGACAAUGCAGAACCUGUGACACACCCUCCCAAAUCAGUGAAUGGUGGCACAGACAAAUCUAAAUCAUCCACUGGACCGGGGAAAAAGACCAGCAAAAGAUUCCCUCCAAUGACAGAAAAGAGUUCUAAUCAGGUUCCAAGAGCAAAAUGUCAUCCUCCAGUUUCACAGUCAGGAGUGAAGGAAGGGCACACCCUCCGACAGUCUCACUUACUUCCAUCACUGAGGGCGUCUCAGCCGCUUCACGGGUCCGCCCCCUCCCAGCCCUUGACCUCCGUCCUUCUAUCUGUGACUCAGUCUGAAUCUGUGCUCCACGCCACCCACCCAUCAAGUCAACGGACUCGAAGUCAGACCGACUGCCAGUCAGUAGGCGGUUACCAGAGAGCCUCCUUCAAUGGUGAGGAUGGUGAUUCUGUUCCUGUGAAAGACACAGACAUCCAAAGUGAUAUACGCUUGAGCGUGCAUGCCAACGACAAGGUUGACCAUGGUCAGUUGUGUGACACCUAUCACGACACACACAGUGGGGAGGACAUUCGUGCAUGGCAAACUAAGGACUGUGGAGUAUCUUCUGGGAGAACUCAAGACUUUGAUUAGCUGGAAAAGGUAUGUUUUCUUUUACUUUUUUUGUAUUACAUGAAUUCUGAGACAAGUACCAUACAGUGGGGUUUUUAAACUAGUGUCUCCGAAGCACCGAGGAGGCAGUGAGCUGUAGCUUGUA